AUGGAGGACGCGGGAGUGGACAGUAGCCUCACUGCAUGGACCAUCAACUACCUCUCAGACCGACCACAAGAGCUGACCCUGGACGAGCCCCCCCAGACCUGCUGGACCGGUCUGUGUGGAUUCCCACAACUGGUCACUCAGGUCCAUGUGCUCAGUGCAGAAGGAUUACAGGGACAGGACAACAACGGAGCAGUAGACCCGUAUGUGAUCAUCUCGUGUGAGGGGGAGAGGGUGCGGUCUCCGGUUCAGAAAGACACUCGUUGCCCAAACUUCGACAUCAAAGGAGUUUUCUAUCGCAAGAAACCCAAGGAGGCUAUUCACAUCGAGAUCUAUAACCGGAACAUGUUGGUGGACACGUUCUUGGGGCAGGUGGUGGUGUUUGGAGACCCCAGUGAUCGACAGGAGCAGCACAGCCUUCACCUGCGAGACCGAGGGACCCGGCAGGAGAGCGACCUGCCCGGGACCCUCACAGUCCGCCUCUGCACCUCCACCACCCUCACCAACAUCUGA